AUGGCAGUACUUCGAGUUGAAAAUACCAAUGUGACUGAUCUUCCAGUGAAUAACAGCGACGAAAUAACGCUGUACCAAAUUGGCCGGUACAUCAGCUCCAAUGAAGCUGUUCGGCGUAUCUUUGGAUUCCCAAUUCAUGAACGGGAUCCAACCGUUAGUCAUUUAGCCGUCCAUCUUGAAAAUGGUCGGAGCGUAUAUUUCACGAACGAGACAGCGAUUGACCGAGUUAUAAAUCCACCAAAAACUAUACUCACCGAAUUUUUUAAAUUGUGUAAUCGUACGGAUGCUUUUGGUGCCUUUGCACGGACAUUACUCUACUCAGAAGUACCACACUAUUUCACAUGGGCUCAAACAAAAAAAAUGGUCACCCCGCUAGCAAGGCACACCGAUAUACGUAAAGUCGAUGGACAUCAGCAUUCAACUUAUAAAGAUGCAUGCCUUGAACUCGGCUUACUGGAAGACGACAACCAGUGGGAAUGUAUGCUUGCUGAAGCAGCAUUGAACUGUGCUGCAAAGCAAAUUCGUCUACUAUUUGCUAUAGUAUUAACUACAUGCUUCCCGGCCCGUAUAGAAACGUUAUGGGAUAAUCACAAAGAUUCGAUGACUGAUGAUAUACGGUAUCAACAUCACACAAGUUGCAACGAUCUAACUAUUGCAUUCAGAGAUGCUAUGUACAAUGAAGCACUGAUUGCUAUUGAGGAUCUUUGCCUUAGUAUUGCCAACUUGCCCCUCAGUCAUUUCGAUAUGCCUUCGCCAAAUCGAAGUGCAUCUGAUUUAUUAACCACUGACAUGAAUCAUGAAUUUCAAUACAAUACGAUAGAAAUGGCAGUGAUUGUUGCUUGCAAUGUUCCACUAAUGAAUGAGGAACAAAGGAACAUUUAUGACAGCAUUAUGCUCGCAGUUUCGUCAGGACAAGGUGGAUUUUUCUUUGGAUGCACCAGGUGGAAUUGGAAAACAUUUAUUAUUCCGCUGAUUCUCGCUGAAAUACAAUCAAAUAAUGGCAUCGCGUUGGCCGUUGCAUCAUCUGGCAUUGCGGCUAUUUUAUUGGAUGGAGGGAGAACAGCUCAUUCAGUAUUUAAGCUGCCAUUAAAUAUUAAGCUGCCAUUAAACAACCAAGACGCAGUGUGCAGCAUUAAAAAGUAA